GCAACAGGAAAUAACCAUCGAAAACAGUGAGGCGGAAGGAACAGGUGAAAUGGCAGAUUUGUCGCUGUAUUUGACUAAUGCCAACGUUUCAUUGGGACAAACUAUGGACACCGAAAAGAGUACAACAGGGGAGGCGGACUUUGACACUGUGGAGAUGGAGGAACCUGUGGGAAGGCCAGGGAAGGUGAAGGUCCCACGCAGGACCAUCCACUUUGCCAGUGGAGAGACCAUGGAGGAGUACAGCACUGACGAAGAGGAAGAAGAGGAGCAGACGACAAAGAAAAAUGUUGUUCCUGUAGAUCCGUCCAAACUGACCUGGGGUCCUUACUUCUGGUUCCAAAUGUGGAGAAUGACCACCUCCACUAUCUCAGUGUGUGACUACAUGGGAGAGAGACUGGCCUCUCUAUUUGGCAUCACUUCUCCUAAGUAUCAAUAUGCUAUAGAUGAGUACUACCGCAUAAAGAAAGAGGAGGAAGAGGAGGAGGAGGAGAAUCGUUUGGCAGAGGAAGCAGAGCGCCGGUUUGGGGAGCAGAAGAGAGGCGAGCGGGACGAUCCCACGGCUCCUCGUCUGGCUACCGUGGAGCAGCCAGAGACGUCUGCAGCCUCCUUUGUUAACAUCAGCUUCGAGCUCGAGCCUGAACCUCCUCUCAGGAAUCCAGACGCCAACAGAGUCCCGUCUCCUCUCCCCUCCUGAAGAAUGAUGCUGGCAGACAAAAACCUCCAACACACACAUUUCUGUCUGCUGAUAAACCGUUAAUCUACCCAGUUGUGUAAUCUAAUAGCUCUGUUUUUUCUUAAUUUUAUAAAAGAAGAUCAUAGAGUGCCGGGAAACAUACAAAGGGCUGUGGAAGUGGCUGCACUAGCCUGACCUGUGAAUGUACAUCUGUGUGUGGCAUGGACUGUUAUGUGCAAUUUGACUAUUAAACAGGGCCUGGGCUCAGCUCACUUUAAAAUGCCAACAGUUAAAACUGUGAAAUAGAUGCUAGAGACACCAAUCAAUCAUUAAUUACAAACAGAUCUGGAUGAAAUAAUAGUGAGUUGGUCCCGUCCCCUCUGCUAAACAGAAGAAAGUUGUUGCCAUACUGAUAUGCAAAUGAAGAUGGAGAAAUCUUUGCUCAAAAGUUUGCACUCUUCUCCAGUUCAGCACAUCUUUGCUGCAUGUCUGGAAUUUGAAAAUACAGAAAAAGCCUUAAAAAUCUUUAUAAAAGACAAACCAAUAGACCUGAAUUAACUCAUAUUCUUAUAGGACUGUGUAUUAGUAUAUAGUAUAUAGUAGUUAAUGUACAUAUUUUUUCUGAUUUUCAAGAUAAAAGUAUUUACAAAAUGAAGAGUAGAGCUUUUCCACAGAAAUUAUAUAGUUUGUUACACAGUCUCUUAGUGGUUUAUAAGUUAAUCAUGACCUUACACCUGUGUGUGCUCAUCUUUAAUAUCUGCUCUUUCCUCACAGGGUGUUUUGAUUUAUAAAAGGUCAGUGUAAGUCUGACAUGGAGCUCUAUUUGCACACCUAUACUGAUCCGGUGUGAGGUGGCAUAAUAAGAUGGAAACGUGGGGUCACUUUCGGCUGAGCCGUAAUGUUUGUUAGUUGCACCCUCAUGACUUCUGACAGAGCAGCUCGUAAAAAGCACAGGUCAGAGGAGUGAUGCAAAUGAUUUGGGGGAUGAACUGACCCUUUCUGUCAUUCCUGCCAAUAUAUUACUCGUAUCUGUCAUCUAAUCAUUCUUGCCACGUUGGCCAUAAACCUCAUGCAAAGUUCACUACAGGCUUGAAUGUGUAUGCAGGACAAACUGCAGCAAACCGGCAGAAAAAUAACAUCAAAUCCAGACGUUCGAAGAUCAUUUCCAUGUCAAAGCAAAGCUUUAAAUCCCUACCAGCUGAAUUUGAAAAUGAGGCCCCUGCUGUGAACAGUCAAAAACAUCCACAAAGUCCUGACUCAUUUCUGGCCAUCCAAAGAUCCUUACGACUUAUAAAUGUUUUAAUAUAUUUAAGUGCUCCAUUGUUCAUAAUCUUUCACCUCCUGUGUAGAAGGUAACCCUCCUGAACUGUGGUGUUUAAUUAUUUAUUGACAUUUAUUAAUUUCUGAUCAGCUUGUUUGAGCGCUAUUAGAUUGACUAAUUUAUUUCUGUGUCACUUGAAAAUUAAAUCUGCUGCUUCCUUUUUUGAGAUGUCAGUAAUUGGCUGCAUUUUUCCUUCGAUGCGACUACAGUGAGCGUCUGGUUGGGCUGUAACAAGCAUGAUGUUAAAACUGACUUUGAUGCUAACCUCAGAUUUGUAAUCCUACCCUCUUAACAUAAAAUAUAAAUCCUGUUGACAGUUAAAUCUGAUGCUCUACACUGAUGUGAAGAGUGGCUCAUGUAUACUUCUCGGCCAUCCCGAGCCUCUUAUAAAUUAUUUUCAUCUUCUCUUUGGCUUUGGAUCUCAGAGCAGAGCAGCAGUGGUCCACAUGCAGACUGUUAGUGAAAUGUCAGCAGCAUCGGAUGUUAACACUUUGUUUUUUGUUUGUAAAGCAAGCUAACAUAUGCAAAAUAUUUGCUAAUUUAGGUAAAACUUUAUAUUUCUAUAUUUUGUGUGUAAAUAAAAUCUUUAAAUAAUCAA